AUAGCUACCAGUACAGUGCAGAGAGAGGCAACGCCAGCACAAGCUAAGAAGCUAAAACCCUAAGGCAUUUCCAGCCAUUGUCGUCCGCCGGAGGAUCGGAGCAGAGGCAGAGGCGGAAGCGGCCGAUGCCGGGGCCGGUGGUCGAGAUGGAGCCGGUGGAGCCGCAGUCGCUGAAGAAGCUGAGCUUCAAGUCCCUCAAGCGCGCCCUCGACCUCUUCUCCCCCGUCCACGGCCAGAUCGCUCCUCCCGACCCCGAGAGCAAGAAGAUGCGCAUCAGCUACAAGCUUAAUUUGGAGUAUGGAGGAGCUGGUGGGAAUGAGAGCCAGGCUCCCAAGGGGAAAGAGACCGGCGCUGCGCAGGAUCAAGGCCAACAAGUUGCUGGGGCUUCCAAUGCGCUUGCUCUUCCGGGUCCAGAAGGUUCUAGAAAUCCACCAAUGGAAAAGUCUCAAAAUGCUUUAACUGUUGGUCCAUCAUUACGACCACAAGGAUUAAACGAUGUUGGUCUACAUGGAAAAGGCACUCCUAUUGUCUCUGCUUCUGGGUCAUCAGAAAGGAAUUUUUCUACCUCAGCCAUUAUGGAAAGAAUUCCAAGCAGGUGGCCACGUCCUGUAUGGCAUCCUCCAUGGAAGAACUACAGGGUCAUAAGUGGGCAUUUGGGAUGGGUUAGAUCUAUUGCAUUUGAUCCUAGCAAUCAAUGGUUCUGCACUGGCUCUGCAGAUCGGACAAUCAAGAUAUGGGAUCUAGCAAGCGGAAGGCUAAAGCUAACGCUGACAGGACAUAUUGAACAGAUUAGGGGCCUUGCAGUGAGCAGUAAGCAUACUUACAUGUUCUCCGCUGGUGAUGACAAACAAGUUAAAUGCUGGGACCUUGAACAGAAUAAGGUUAUCCGGUCUUAUCAUGGUCAUCUUAGUGGUGUCUACUGCUUGGCUCUUCAUCCUACUAUUGACAUUUUGCUCACUGGGGGGCGUGAUUCUGUCUGUCGGGUAUGGGACAUCCGGAGUAAAAUGCAAAUUUAUGCACUGUCCGGACAUGAUAAUACAGUUUGUUCGGUCUUCGCUCGACCUACGGAUCCACAAGUCGUAACAGGCUCCCAUGAUACAACUAUCAAGUUCUGGGACCUUAGAUAUGGAAAAACGAUGACCACUCUCACUAACCAUAAGAAAUCCGUGCGAGCAAUGGCCCUGCACCCUAAGGAGAACUGUUUCGCAUCUGCAUCGGCUGAUAACAUCAAGAAAUUCCAGCUGCCUCGAGGGGAAUUUCUCCACAACAUGCUCUCACAGCAGAAAACUAUAAUCAACACGAUGGCAGUCAAUGAGGAAGGUGUGAUGGCUACAGGAGGUGACAAUGGGAGCUUAUGGUUCUGGGACUGGAGGAGUGGCCACAAUUUCCAGCAAGCUCAUACAAUUGUACAACCUGGAUCCCUGGAGAGCGAAGCUGGUAUAUAUGCUCUCUCCUAUGACUUAACUGGUUCAAGGCUGGUGUCAUGCGAAGCGGACAAGACCAUAAAAAUGUGGAAAGAGGACGAGCUUGCUACCCCAGAAACUCACCCUCUCAAUUUCAAGCCUCCCAAAGAUAUCAGGCGGUUCUAGUUCUUGGUGGCCAUCCUGUUACUGCUUGGCGACAUGUCCGUACUUCCAUGCAGCCUGUUGCUCCAACAGAUCUUCUGCAUCUGCUCUUCGAAAGAAAGCAUCUGUGGAAUGGCACACAGAGCCUGCAAAGAUAGUUCUAUGAACGUUUUCUUGAUGGAGCAGAAUUGAGCUGGAACGAAAACCAGAAGUCGGGGACAGCUUUGAGUUUUCCUUAGAUCAUGUAAUUGUAUCUCAAAUUAUAGUAGCUGUAUUCUGUACAAACGCUCCAGAAAGUUGUGAGGACAGCAUAAUGAUCGUUAUAGGAUGUUUGUGAAGGUCUAUGAACCUUGAAAA